AUGUCGCGAGCCGGCGACGACGUGCUGGGGUCCAGCGACGACGACCUGGUCGAGGUCGAGGUCACCGAGACUCGCAGCAUCUUUGACAACCUGCUGAACCCGCGAGGCGUCCCGCGGCGGCCAGAAGUCAGCUUCCAGAGCCAGAGCCAGAGCCAGAGCCAGAGCCAGAACCAAGGCCACAACCAACCAGCUGGCGGCCAAUCUCGCCGGCCUCAGCCUGCCGGCCCGUCAGCCUCACAGCUGCGGCUGCGGCCCUCGCAUCAGGCCUCCUCAACUCGCCGUCACAACAGAACCGAAUCAUCCGCCGCCGUCAUCGAUCUCACCGAGGAGCCAGAUUCACCCGUCGACCGACGAAGGACGCAGGCCGCCGGGCCUCAGGUAAUGCUGCAGCAGGUGCCGCACAACAGCGCCGGGAGGCAUCCGCGGAGGACCAAUUCACAGCGCAUCUCGCCGCCCCAGCUCUCGAGGAGCGACAGCACCUUCGUCGGCACCCCGAGCUUCAUCGACCUGACGGCAGACUCGCCCGAGGACGACCAGCGCCCAAACCGCGAGAGUUGGCGGACUCGCGCCCACCCGCGGCAUCACCACCACCAUCACCACCACGCCCACGAUCAUCUUCGCCACCACGGCCGCGACCGCCUCGUCUCGCUCGACUUUAUUAACCACCAGCAGCUCGAAUCCGAUUUUAGAGUCUUUGGUAGAACGCUGGCUGGCUUUCUCAGUGGCAGCCUCAGCAAUUUCGGUCCCGAGCUGCAGACCAUGUUUCCGAACCGCGAACCCACGCCCAAGCCCCCGAUGGAACCCGUGCCACCCGCCAGGACGGGAUUCACCCGCGAUACCCGAGCUGACGGCCAGACCGAGCAGAUGGUGGUUGUAUGUCCGGCCUGCAACGAAGAACUCGCCUAUGACCCUGCCGAUGCACCGUCCACGCCGUCCAAGAAGAGGAAGAGGUCACCUGGAGAGCACCAUUUCUGGGCGCUAAAGAAGUGCGGUCACGUCUAUUGUGCCGAAUGCUUUGAAAACAGAAAGCCGACAAAAACUGCACCCGACGGUGUUGGUUUCCCAGGAGGCAAGACAACUCCCAACGAUAUUCGCUGUGCAGUGGACGGGUGCGAAACCAAGGUGGCUCUCAAGACUGAAUGGGUCGGCAUAUUCCUUUGA